AUGUCUGACAAGUGUCAGAGCGUGAUCACGUGUCUGGAGACCUAUCGCAGUCAGCACCCCCCGAUCCCCGACGCACACUUCCAGGAGAUGAAGGACCUCGCUGGGGAGAUGAAGAGUGAGCAGGGACUCAAGCAGUGGAAGUUUGCCUGGUCCAAGUGUCAGGAGACCAAGCAGAUGUUUGAGAAGAAGCUGGAGAUGGCCCUGCGCACCCGCCGCGAGAGCGGCUCCAAAUCAGCGAGGGGUGACUCCUCUCGCCGGAACUCGGACCGUAGCGCUAAACCUCAGGAGCGUAGCAGUAGCAUCUCCUUCUCAUGUCGGAAAGCGUUCGGCGGAGGCUGGGGCCGGAACAGACUUUCCUCACAGUCAAGCAUAUCCUCAACUCCUAGCAGUCCUUCAGGCAUUCGCAUGGACACCCAUGACUCUGUCCGAACCCCAUCAGGAAGUCCAUAUAGCAUUGAGCACAGAAGCACCCCUGUCAGGUCCCACAGGCUAACACGUAGCAUCUCCACAGACGAGUCUCUGCAGCAGCCACAUCUGGAGGGGCAGGCGUGUGCUACUAGCCCAAGCCUCACCUCUAUCGAACCAAACCGCAGGGUUUUGCGGAAGACCCAGAGCUUUGAUACGGCCAGUAGCGAGUCUGUGUCACGGUAUGGGACCUGUCAGAGAACUUUGAGUGAGCCUGCACGGAGAGGAAACACAGGGGUGUUCAUUAAGGGUCUGGAGGUGAGCAGCACGGAAGUGAUCGAUCGGCCGUACAGCCCGCGACUACCGCCCAUGCAUGAAUGGUCUUCUGUUGACACUCACCGCAGCGGGAGUCCUGCACCAGAAACACGUAACAAGGGCAGUAAACUAUGCCACAUCGUAGAUGAGAUGGUAACAACGGAGCGGGAAUAUGUGCGUUCUCUGCGGUACAUCAUUGACAACUAUUUCCCUGAGAUGGAGCGCGCUGACCUGCCACAGGACCUGCGGGGAAAGCGCAGCGUCAUCUUCGGAAACCUGGAGAAGCUGGUGGACUUCCACAGCCAGUAUUUCCUGAAAGAGCUUGAGAGCUGCUGCAAUCAUCCUCUACGCGUCAGCCACUGCUUCCUACGACAUCAAGACCAGUUCAGCUUGUAUGCUUUAUACAGCAAGAACAAGCCAAAGUCAGACACACUUCUGGCCAGUCAUGGAAACAGCUUCUUCAGGCAUAAGCAGCUGGAGUUGGGGGAUAAGAUGGACCUGGCGUCCUACCUGCUGAAGCCCAUCCAGCGCAUGAGUAAGUACGCCCUGCUGCUGAAAGACCUGAUCAAAGAAGUGAGUGAAGUCCAGGAGCAGGAGCUAACGUACCUACGUGCUGCCACCGAGAUGGUCAAAUUCCAGCUUCGCCAUGGCAACGAUCUGCUCGCCAUGGAUGCUAUCAGAGAUUGUGAUGUGAACUUGAAAGAGCAGGGGCAGUUGGUUCGGCAAGAUGAGUUCACUAUUUGGUAUGGCAGGAAGAAGUGCCAAAGACAUGUGUUCCUGUUUGAGGAUCUAGUGCUGUUCAGCAAACCCAAACGCAUUGAGGGUGGCCUAGAUGUUUACAUUUACAAGCACUCUUUUAAGACGGCUGAUGUGGGUAUGACAGAGACGUCGGGUGAGAACGCUCUGAGGUUUGAGGUCUGGUUCAGGAGGAGAAGUUCAAAGAACCAGACCUACAUUCUCCAAGCCAGCACUGCCGAGAUCAAACACGCCUGGACCUGCGACAUUGCACGGAUACUGUGGCAGCAGGCCACACGGAAUAAAGAAGUUCGAAUGCAGGAGAUGGUCUCUAUGGGGGUGGGCAAUAAACCCUUCCUGGACAUUAAACCCAGUGAUGCUGCUAUCAACGACAGAGCCAUUGACUACAUUAUGAAAGGCAGAGGGGCCAGGACGAGAGCCUCCAUUGCUGUCUCGCUUUUUGACCACUCAAACCCAUUCAAACGAGCUGCAGUAAAUGCUCCCGUUAGCGGCCCCCCGGUGUCCGGUGGCCCCUCCUCUUCCACGCUGCUGGGGCCCUUGAAUCUGCAUAUGUACAGCAGCCAAAGCCUGUUAGCAGGGGAGAGACCUCUCAUCAGCCCCUGCAACGAGGAAGACGAGCUGGAACAUGAGACCAGCAGUCAGCCGUCUAUGACUACAGAGAGUUCGGGUUCGUCGUCUCACUGUCUGUCAGGUAGUGGCUCGAGCGGGUCAGACAGCGGAUGUGUGUCGAGUCACCUUCCCGAGGCUUUGUCCGAGGAGCCCAGCUCACCGUGUGACUCCUCCUGUUACUCCACCAUCACCUCUCCCACCCAGGAGAAACCCUGCUUUAACAGCCAGUACAUCUCAGCGGUUUAAGACCUGUCUGCUUCAGACUGAGAAGACAACAUUGCCACACCGAAGAGGAGUACAGAGCUAGUAUUUAUUGUUCCCAUUGAGUGCCAGCAAAUCUCAUGCAGCUUAAAAAGCGCUGAAAAUAGCACUGUUUCUUAUUUUCUUUUUUUAAACCACUUUUAGCAUCAAUAGCUUUUAUAUCAAUUUAAAAAUGAUCUAUAAAACUGAAUAAAUAUUCUUGUAUUUAUCUUCUUUUCAAAUGUUAAGAUGCAGUAGUGUUCUCAGCUGUAUUGUUAACUGUAAAUACUGUAGUAGUGUACAAUACACUUCUGAACUGCUGGGGUUAUUUACUCUUUUUGUUGUUGUUGUUGUUGUUGUUGCCCACUUUGCUGCAGACUUCAGCUGGUUUGAUUUAGAAAAAAUGCAUUAAUGUUAAAAGGCAUGUCUAGAUUUCUAAGCAUCAGUACACUAAAGACAUUAAGCAAUGUUUAAAGCAUUUGUUGUAGAGUUUCUGUUCUUUCUAGUGUUUCCAUAGUUUGUGGACCUGUAGUCAGUCGGUUCAGUAUGCUGUUUGAUAGCUGGCCUGAUCCAGAAUCAGAGAGCAUUAAUUCAAAUUAUUCGACUGGCCUCAGGUCAGCUCUACCCAGUACUGCUGCUAAUGGGUGCUGGAUAUCAUUGCUGCCUGUUUGGAGAUGGUGAGAGUUUUCAUUUCAGUUCUCUUAAUUACAUUAUAUUACGUAUAACAAAAUACAACAUGUAAAUUGUAAAUAGUUGCACCAGUGGUGCUUUGAGGACAUAGCGUUUAGGAAGUAAUGUUUAUACAUGUAUUAACCAGUCAACAUGGGAAUCACUCAAGUGCCAUUCUUUGUUGCCAACCCAGAUUGGAAGUGUACAAACAAAAGAUAAUACGUAAUAAUAAUAAAAAGCACUGCAAGUUCCACUUCAAGCUGAAGCAAGUGUUUUAUUUUUCAAUCUUAACAAGUUCACAGAAGUAAUAAAG